AAACAUACAUUAUUUGAAUUUGAAUUUGGAGAAGUAGAUUGUAAAGAUAAUAAUAUUACAGUUGUGCAAGAUGAUGAAAUUAAUUGUUACCUCAAAUUAAAAUGUUGGUCUCAUAAUUUAGUAAAAUAUUUUGAAGAUUGA